CUAAGCGGCUCGGCAGGUUUUCCACACCGUGUCAGUACGCCGCGGGAGCCGAGGCCUGUGUGUUAGCUCAGGUCUCCUUCUCGCCAGGCACCAUGUUCCUGACCGCUCUCCUGCGCCGCAGCCGCAUCCCUGGGAAGCAGUGGAUCGGGAAGCACCGCAGGCCGCGGAAGGUGACGUGGGGGAUGAAGCAGGGCAUGAUCAGGAGGCUGGAGAUCGAGGCGGAGAACGAGUACUGGCUGAGCAUGCCCUACAUGACCAGGGAGCAGGAGUUCAACCAUUCGGCCGCCCGCCGGCGAGAGAACUUCGAGGCCAUCAAGCUGGCGCAGGCGGCCAAGUUCCCGCCGCACAGGUUCUUCGAGGACCAGCUCAGCCAUCUCAGCGUUUCCAAGAAGUGGUCCUGAACCGCCGCCGCCGCCGCUGCCCCUGCCCCGGGCUGCGCAGACCGGGAGCCGCGCCACGGAAGCCGCCUGUGGGAGGGGGGUCCGCAGGUCCCCGCCUUGGGACCCCAGACCCGCGCUGCUCGAGACUGGAGGAGGAGGAGGAGGCGGCGGAGGCAGCUCCUAGGAGGUUUCCCGAACCGCGGGGAGGCUGAAGCCGAAAUGAUCUGGAGGGAAGAAUCAAUAAAGCUACCAAUUAUUCUUUGU